GUGCCGUUGGUCCUCCGCCUCCAUCAGCCUGCUCUUCCACCUUGAGCGCUUCUACCACCCUCCCUAGCACCUUUGGGACACGCCAGAUAGACAAUCGCUUCUAGACGGGUGCAGCGGUAGGCUGUGUGGGUAUUCAAAGGCAACCCUGCCGGUACCACAACCUGACACGCGCACGCCGUCCAGCCCCUUGGACUUCUCCGUACCAGAGUUCCACUCUCUCUGACAUCGAGAAACCAUGGGCAACCAAAGCUCCAAAGAUGCCGGCGCGGCGUCUUCCAAGCCUGCAGGCAGCCAUGACGAUGUCCUGCAGUCAUACCCCUCCUUCAGCAGGUCCGACACGAGGGACUCGUCCCGCUCCUUCCGCUCGCUCCGCUCCAAGAUACCUGGCUCGGGCAAGACGGACAGCCCCCGGAGCUCGGCCAUGCUGUCCAACGGCGAUGCGCCUGAGAGAUCGGAUGCCGCUUCGGUCAAAUCUGGGAGGAGCGGGAAGCAGCCCCAAAGCCGGGUCAAUCGUUCCGACUCGCUCCCGUCGCCAAGUUCCCCUUCGUCGGCCGAAAUAGGUUCUCCGCUUGCCGACCCUCCGCCGUCACCCAUUCAGUCAGUGUCUAUGAGGGCGGGGAUUCAUGACGUUUCGGCCGCCCAAGCAAGUGGCGAAGUAGACCACGUCUCAGACCAGCCUCCCUCCGGCGCCGCCAAUGCCAGCACUAUCGCCCAGCAGCCAGGUCAGAGCAUCCUUGUCAAGCGUGAAGAUACGCCGAUUCCUGUCUACGGCACAGGCACUCUUAUGCAGGAACCCGUCAAAGAAGAGUCCCCCUCGGGCAUUGCAAUGAGCGACAUCAAGGACAUUGACCUCGAUGACUUCAUCAAGCGCCUGCUGGAUGCCGCCUAUGCCGGCAAAGUCACCAAGAGCGUCUGCCUCAAGAACGCAGAAAUCGCGGCGAUUUGCCACCGUGCCCGAGAAGUCUUCCUCUCCCAGCCAGCUCUCCUCGAAUUGGAUGCUCCCGUCAAGAUCGUCGGCGAUGUCCACGGCCAGUACACGGACCUCAUCCGCAUGUUUGAGAUGUGCGGCUUCCCGCCCAAGUCAAACUACCUAUUCCUCGGUGACUACGUAGACCGCGGAAAGCAGUCUCUCGAGACUAUCCUCCUGCUGCUGUGCUACAAGCUCAAAUAUCCCGAGAACUUUUUCCUGCUGCGUGGCAACCACGAGUGCGCCAACGUCACGCGUGUCUAUGGUUUUUACGACGAAUGCAAGCGGAGGUGCAAUGUGAAGAUCUGGAAGACCUUCAUUGACACGUUCAACACGCUCCCCAUAGCUGCCAUCGUGGCUGCCAAGAUAUUCUGCGUCCACGGGGGCUUAUCGCCGGCUCUCAGCCAUAUGGACGACAUUCGGAACAUUGCCCGCCCGACAGACGUCCCUGACUACGGCCUCCUGAACGACCUUCUGUGGUCCGAUCCCGCUGACAUGGAACAGGACUGGGAGGCCAAUGAACGGGGAGUUAGUUACUGCUUUGGAAAGAAAGUCAUUACCGACUUCCUCGCAUCCAAUGACUUUGACCUGGUCUGCCGAGCCCACAUGGUGGUCGAGGAUGGUUACGAGUUCUUCACUGACCGAGUUCUGGUCACGGUUUUCAGUGCGCCCAACUACUGCGGGGAGUUUGACAACUGGGGUGCUGUCAUGUCAGUUUCGACCGAGCUCCUAUGCAGCUUUGAGCUGCUCAAGCCUCUGGACUCGAAUGCGCUCAAGAACCACAUCAAGAAAGGCAGGAACAAGCGGAACCAGAUGCUCAACAGCCCGCCCGCGGGCCUGUAUCCUCAGAGCGUUUGAUCGCGUGCAACGCAACGGAGCAGCAGGCGCUACGGUACCUAGCAUCGAUGCCGGGUCACGGGUCACGGCGUACCUAUUACACCAAACGAAACUUACCCGGCCGAGUCGCGAGCUUCGCCUGGGGAGGAACAGUGCUACAUGAUAGCAGACGGGCGGAUGAACGGGUCAGAGACAAGAGAAUACCCACGGACCAUACAGGGUUUCUUCGGACGCCGGGAAGUGAGUACUUCAUACAAUCAUGGCCAGAACU